GGAGCUCCCGAACGCCAUCAGUUGACUCCACCUCUCAUGGGCUCCAUGAAGCAACUUCGUCGAGCCAGAAGUUCAAGGCACGGCCACCACCUGGCCCUCCCUCGGCCGCCCCCGGCCGGCGCCAGCUCUACGAUCUCCCAAAGCCCAAGGGCAAGGGGUCUGGCAAGGGUGCGCCUCCUCCCCCGCCGCCGAAAGGUGCUGGCAAGGCUGGUCGUGCUGGCGUUCCAGCUUUGCCGAUAG